GGCAGCGGCACUUUGAUGUUAAUGGAGCAGKCGGUUUUAAGAAAACAACCAGAGGAGAGACAACGGAGGUAGAAACGUUUUCAGGAGCAUAAUGAAGAAUGUGAAAGGCUCUCUUGUUGUCUGAAAAAGAAAAGAAAAGAAACAAACAAAAAAAAAAGCCGUAAUAAAAAUAAAUAAGAAUAAAAAGAAGAAUAAGCUCUUUGUGACUUCCCGACAGCAGCACGUGAACACUUCAAAGUUAAAGAGUGAAGCGGAACUGCACGCGUCAGAGAACCAGCACCGUGGUGCUGGCUGGACCGUGGUGUUGUCGCGGUCCCACCAGGAGGCGGGACUGUGGCUCCGCGGUGUGAUUAGCGAGCCGCACAGCUGGAACGUGAGUUGGGGGGUGCACGCGCUCCAGCUGCUGAAAACAACUCACUCCCACUCCUGACGUGCAAUCAUAGCAGCUGAGCGCCCGCGUGCUGGAGCCGCAGCGACARCACUCCAAGUCGGAGGGCUCGCAGCGGAGCUCCUCGGGUCGGUCCCGGUGGGUUCGGACGCAGAGCAGCUGCUGAUGUAACGCUCGUCUCUGAGCUCACUCCUCUGUUUCACCACUGCUGCUCGAGCAGCAUGGGGUUGUCCAAACUCUGAAGUGAGUGCUACAGCAGUCAGACUACAUUGAGGCAAACAAAGGAAAGUCGGAGGGAACGAUGGAGUCCAUACUAUCGGAGCAGUCGGCCACGGUGGACGAGCUGGUGGAAGCGUGCAUCCAAGCCUUUGAUGAGAAAGGCACUUUGAAGGAUGCUUCCUUGGUUCGCAUGUUCCUCAUGAUGCACCCCUGGUACAUCCCGUCUACUGAGAUGGCCAAGAAGCUUGUGCUCAAAUCUCAAGAGGAGAGCAGCAACGAAUGUCAAACAAGAAUAUGCCACCUUGUCAGGUACUGGAUCUCUGAGUUUCCCGCAGAGUUCAAUCUGAACCCCGAGCUGUCGGAGCAGAUCAAAGACUUUAAAGACCUCCUGACCACCGAAGGCAACGAGCGCCAGAGCCAGCUCAUUGACCUGGACAGUGUGCCAUCAUAUAAAUGGAAACGGCAGGUGACCCAGCGUGUACCGUCCAUGUCCAAAAAGAGGAAAAUGUCUUUGCUGUUUGACCACCUUGAUUCCUGUGAGCUGGCUGAACAUCUGACCUUCUUGGAGUACAAAUCGUUCUGCAAGAUCCUGUUUCAGGACUACCAUAGCUUCGUCAUGCACGGCUGCACGGUGGAUAACCCCAUCCUGGAGCGCUUCAUCACCCUCUUUAACAGCGUCUCCCAGUGGAUCCAGCUCAUGGUGCUCAGCAAGCCGACCGCGCCGCAGAGAGCCGCCGUCAUCUCUCAUUUCAUCAGAGUGGCACAGAAGCUGCUGCAGUUGCAGAAUUUCAACACACUGAUGGCUGUGGUGGGCGGUCUCAGCAACAGUUCCAUCUCUCGUCUCAAAGACACCCAGAGUCACGUCAGCGCAGAGACCAACAAGUUUCUCUGGACCAGUACCACACUGAGGAGGAGAUUUACCAGAUGUCUCUACAGAGGGAACCUCGUAAGCCUGUGCAGAACUCCAGCCCGCCCCCACAACCUGAACCCAAGCCCACUAUGAUUGAUGAGUGGGCUGUGUCAGUGAAGCCCAAUGCUGACCCGAACAUUAUCAAGAAACACAUAGAGAAGAUGGUGGAGUCAGUUUUCAAGAAUUUUGACACAGAUGGUGACGGCCACAUUUCCAGGGAUGAGUUUGAGGCGAUCAGGAACAACUUCCCUUACCUCAGCAAAUUUGGAGAACUGGACAAGAACCAGGAUGGGAAGAUCAGCAGAGAAGAGAUGAUAGACUACUUUAUGAAAGCCAGCUCUCUGCUUAACUGCAAGAUGGGCUUCAUCCACACUUUCACAGAGACCACCUACGUGAAGCCCACAUUCUGUGAACACUGUGCUGGCUUUAUUUGGGGAUUUUACAAGCAAGGCUACAAGUGUAAAGCCUGCGGGGUGAACUGCCACAAGUCCUGCAGAAGCCGCCUGGCCGUGGAGUGUAGGAAGAGAACAAAGAGCAUCAGCCACGAGACGCCGCCCGCCCUCCAGGCCAGGUCCUACAGCUUCCCCCCACCUGCCAACACUCCCCCCAGCCUGCAGAAUACAGUGAUUACUGAAGAAGACUUAGAAACAGUGGAGGAAGGAGUGUUUGACGUUCAUCUAUAGCCAGGAGCAGUUGAUGACAGCUGUCCUCCGCUCUCUAUCAGAAUCUCUCCAACAUCUGGUGAWCAAGCAGCCGAACGUGUGAACGUCAGGAGCCUGACGGGGAACUGUGCCACAGUGUGUUAGUCUAAAACCCCCUCAGCAGUGAGGAGAACUUACACUGAACACACAGUUAGGUUGCCCACAUGCUGCCACACAGUGGACCCCUCCUGGAACUGCACUCCCCUCUAUCCACCACAGGAASGUGACGAGCAGCAUUAGUGGAGCAGUCAGUUUUUGAGUCAAACCUGGCCAGAGUGUUAACUGUGUAAUAUUAUUGUUUGUUCAGAAAAAAAAAAAUCACUUUUAUUUUUUUUCUUUUAGUACAGGGGUCUGCAACAUGUGGCUCAGAGCCACUGAAAAUUUCAUGAAAAUUAAUAUUUUUAUGUAUACACACAAUAGAGAGGAGGAACAAGAAAAGUUUUAGCAAUUUUGUUGUCRGAGUAAAUGAAAGGAUCUGAAUUCUUUUUUCUGUAACCAUAUAAAACUCAUACAGAGAGAAAAGUGCAUCAAUCAGUUUCUGUUAGUAAUCUUUUAGGUAGUUCAUUUAACUGAUUUAUUUCUCUGAAAUCCACCAGAAAAUCAAACACUUUAUUAUUUGAAGUUAGUUACUGGUGUGUGUAUGUAUGUGUGUGUUUGUGUGUGUGUGUGUGUGUACUUGUUUCUACUACAGAGUGAGGACCAUUUGCACCAUAGUUACAAUCAAAGUGAUGUCAAGAGAGGACCUCUUCAAUGUCCUCUCUUUGUUUGCAGCUCUGCAGUGCUUUACUAGUUAGAUUUAGAGGUAUGGUAUAAA